AUGAGCAGCUAUGAGAAGCCUAGACGGGGUUGGGGGUACUGUGCCCCCAGCCCCGUGCUCCUCCUGAGUCUCCUGACGGCAGCUCCACUUGGCCUGCUGGGGGAGGAGACCCGCCAGGUGUCUCUGAAGGUCAUCUCUAACUGGCCGGACUUUUCCCAGAACCUGCUUCAUAUUCAGGCAGUGGGUACCAACUCCACGCUGCACUACGUGUGGAGCAGCCUGGGCCCCCCAGCAGUGCUGUUGGUGGCCACCAACACCCCCAACAGCACCCUGAGUGUCAACUGGAGCCUCCUGCUCUCCUCUGAUCCUGACGGGGGCCUGAUGGUGCUCCCCAAGAAGAGCAUCCAAUUUUCUUCUGCCCUUGUCUUUACCAGGCUAUUUGAGUUUGACAGCACCAACAUGUCUGAUGCGGCCUCAAGGCCUCCAGGAAAAUCAUAUCCCCCGUACUCCUUGGCCAAUUUCUCCUGGAACAACAUCACUGACUCACUGGAUCCUACCACCCUCAGCGCCACGUUUCGAGGCCACCCUGUUCGUGACCCCACUGGGGCUUUUGCCAAUGGCAGCCUGGCCUUCAAGGUCCAGGCCUUCUCCACAUCUGGCCGACCAGCCCAACCCCCUCGCCUCCUGCACUCAGCGGACACCUGCCAGCUAGAGGUGGCCCUGGCUGGGGUCUCUCCCCGGGGAAACCGCUCCCUGUUUGGGCUGGAGAUUGCCACCUUGGGCCCAGGCCCUGGCUGCCCCUCGAUGCAGGAGCAGCACUCCAUCGAUGAUGAGUAUGCCCCUGCUGUCUUCCAGUUGGACCAGCUGCUAUGGAGCUCCCUCCCAUCAGGCUUCAUGCAGUGGCGACCAGUGGCUUUCUCCCAGAAGCAGGGCAGCCGGGAAUCAGCCAUGCCCUGCCAAUCUUCCCCACUUUACCCCACCUUGGCAUACCUUCUCCCCCAGUCACCCAUUGUCCGAGCCUUCUUUAAGACCCAGAACAACUUCUGUGCCUUCAAUCUGACAUUUGGGGCUUCCACAGGCCCUGGCUACUGGGACCAACACUACCUCAGCUGGUCUAUGCUCCUGGGUGUGGGCACCCCUCCAGUGGAUGCCUUGUCCCCGCUAAUCCUAGGCAUCGUGGCAGUGGCCCUCGGUGCUCCAGCGCUCAUGCUGCUGGCAGGAGGCCUGUUUUUGCUGCUGGGCCACAAGCGGUACUCUGAAUACCAGUCCAUAAAUUGA